AUGGACGAGGGCUGGUCAGGCGAGGAGGCGCAGGCGGGCGCUUCGCGACUGCAGACUGCGGGGACAGCUCCGAAGGCGGAAGAAAGAAGUGGCGAGGCGGUGUGCAGCCCGCCAUCUGAAGGGAAGGUCGGGAGGACAAGUCGGUCGCUUCUGCAGGACUCAGACGAAGAUGGAAAUAACGAAAGCUGCGGGCUCUCGAAUGCGGCGCACGAGGUUAGUGGCCGUGACACCUCUCUCGCGGGGUGUGCAGGGUCGUUGUUCUCGCCUUCCUCUUCUUCCACGGAGUUGAAAGACACAAAGGACCCUUCGUCUUCGAAUCCUCCGCCCUCGGCUUUCUCUUCUCCUUCCUGUCUUUGCUCUUCUCUCGAGGAUGCUUUUGCAGGCACUGCUUGCCUCGGCGCUUUACCCCGAGGUGACCCGUGUGUCGGGGCCUCUCAGUCAUCCUCCUCUGCCGCUCGUCCCCCGUCUAAAUUUGACGGUCUUUCGUUGCUCGAUCUCGACUUUUCUCUGCAAACGCCGACUCGCCUCGGUGGCGAGGCUCCAAGCGCGGCGCAGCCCGCGUCUCUGCAUGAAAUUGACCUUCUUGGAGACGCGGGGGCGACGUCCUCCUGGCCUUUGCGGCUCCAGGGGCAGAGUCAGGGAAGCGCGGCGGACGAAGAGGCGAGGCAGGACGAGGCAAGUGGAAACUUGGUUCUCUCCUCUGCUGCCGAGGCGCGACCUGGCGACGUAGAAGCGGAGACUGAACGCGAGCCGAGGCACGGGGAUAAAGCCCGGGAGCCUCUGCUUGUCGUCGAGGAGGAGUGCCUCGUAGACCGGGGAGACAAGCUAGAGAGCGCCGAAGGAACACAGAAAACCACAGGAGAGCAGGGAGAAGUAAAGAGACGGCCGGCAGGCGACGAGCGAGGCUCGAGCGACGGGGGGAGAGGAGGGUCGCGAGAAGGGAGAGAAGAGGUGCGUCUGCUUGCUGCAGAAGGCGGAGAGAGGGAGGGAGCGAGCGCGCUAGAGGCCUCUGGGGGGAGUGACGCAGCAGCAAACGUCCGGUAUGCGGGAGCGAGUGAACACACAGGAGAGAGCGAGCCGUCAGAAGGAAACGCGUUGCGCGCUACCAACUUGGACUCGAGUCAAGAGAAUUCGGUGGCGAGGAAAUCGACAGAGGCAGAAACCGAGGCGCCAGCGAUCGAAGAGGCCGCAAACGCAGACGUCAGAGGCGAAGAAAACGUCUCGCGCGUCCCUGCAGAGACACUUGGCAGCAACGCGCCUCUGACGGGGCCGGAGAAGCUCGCGCUGAUCAAGAAGCAUGUGCGGAACCUCCUCGCUCGCGAACCGAGCGCCAGCGCACGGAGUAGACUCGAGGAAUGCCUCGCCGCCCUCGAUGAGAUGCCUCUGGACUUUGAGAAACUCCGCAGUCUCUGCGCCGCGGGCAUGCCAGAUCGAUGCCCCGCUCUGAGGGCGCUGUACUGGAGAGUUCUGCUGCGCUUCCUCUCCGUAGAUCCCUCGCAGUGGGAGGAAGAGUCCCGAAGAAAACGAAAUGCCUACGAGAGUUACAAGAGGGACUUCAUCAAAGAGCCGGAGCUGGUGCGGCGGCUGAGGCAGAAGCGAGGCCCGCGAGGCCCGCGGUCAGCCAUGCCCGCGGAUGGCGCCUCCUCGUUUGUGUCUUCUUUCUCGUCUAUUUCGUCCCCCCCGUCUUCGUCGCCGUCUUUCUGUUCUGGGAGAGAGGCAGUGAAAUCUGAAGUCUUCGCCGAGGGCUCUGUGGUAGGCUGUUCGCCGCCCGCGCCCUCGGCUUCUUCUUCGGCUCUCGCGGCCUCCGCCGCGCACCCGACGCGGUCUCUUCUCGCCGCGUUGAUUCCGUCGGCAGGUUCCGCGGAGCGACUGGGAUCUACGGACAAGGAGACUGUGAGUGUGGAGAAGCGCGUGUCGCUCUUUGGCGGGACUCCUAACGAUAUGCUCUGUCGGCCUUCUUCUGGGUCCUCUUCCUCUACGCUCCGGACCGCCUCGUCUCUGUUCGGUGACCAGGGCGACGCAUGCGUUUCGCCCCCAGCUUCCUCGAGUCUAUUUUCCUCCACGCUCCCGUCCAGCACCUCGUUUUCGAGCUCGCCUGGGUCCGCGGCGGCUUCGCGGUCGGGGUUCACCGGGGCUCUCUUCCCCGAGCAAGAAAGCGACGCCGAGCAAAAGAAGCUCCGAGAGCGAUUCGCCCAAGCCGCGCCACACUUGCGGUCCGCGGGCUCGAUUCUGCUCGAAGGCCGCCAACUCCCCACCCGCCCGGUCAACCUCGAGUCGGUCUCUGACCAUCCUCUCAACCAGCAAACGAGCAGCGAGUGGCGGAGUUACUGGGACGACGCGGAUAUUUUCGACCAAAUCAACAAGGAUGUUUUUCGAACGCGGCCCGAGCUGGCGUUCUUCAACUACGACCCCUUUCUCUCGCUCCAGCAGCAGCGCGAGAGGUUCCUGCGCACCGCCGUCUCCCCCUCGCCUCCCCCGCAGGACAGAGAGAUGCCUCAUCUCUUCUCUCUCGGCAAAGAGGCACACCAGAGCUCGGAGGUCGACGAGCCGAUUCCUCUCCUGGUUGAUUACGACACGCUGAUGCAGCAGAGGGCCGCGUCCCGCGCCGGCGCCGCUUCGCAGGGUGGCUCGACAGGGGGCCAGGAGCUCGGUUCCCGCGUGUCGCUUCCAGAGUCUCCAAAGUCUUCGCGCUUUCGCCUGCGCAACGCCUUCAUCUCCUCCCUCAAGAACCGACCGGCCUCGCCGCCUGUUGGCGGAUCUUUCUUCUUCUCGCGUUCGUCUUCUCGGUCGUCCGCGCAGGGCGGCUCGCGCGGGGUCUCCACAGGCGGCGAAGAAGCGGCGUGCGAGGAGCAUCGACCCGCUGGGGCUCGGCCACCCGCGCGGGCGGAGGCGAAGCCGGCAGCGCUAGGCUUGCGGCUCUCCAACUCGCCCCUGAACUCUCUGAAGAAGCGAGUUGCGGCCCUGUCUCCGCGGUCGCCUCCGCCUGCUGACUCGCUCGCUGCGGCCUUUGGUCGCUACGAGAACGUCCACAGCGCCCCGCAACCGCUGUCGUCCUCAACUCAAGAAGAGAGAGGGGCUAGGUCGAUUCAGCAAACUCCGUGCGCUGCUGCGCCGCGUUCGCCGGGCUUGUCCUCCAUCCACGGGGCUGGCUCGGUGUCGCCUUUUCGGCGCUUCUUCAGCAAGGGAGGAGCGGCGCCUCCACAGCGGUUGCGGCGCCCCCACGCCGCGCCGCAGGGCUCCAGCGGCGCGGCGUCGCCUCUCCUUGGAGCCCCAGGUCUGGAGUCGAACGGGCGGGCGACCAGCGGCGAAGUAGUGUCCACGGGGGCGAGUGUGAGUGCAAGUGGCGACGAGGAGCGGGUGUGGAGGCCGAUGGAGGAAAACGAGGGGCGCGAGAUGUCCUGCGCACGAAGCCAGUCACGCCUGAGACUCGAAGGGGACGGAGAUUUAGACUGCGAGGCCGCACAAGGCUUCGAGGCGGCCAGAUGGAGAACCGCUGACAUUCGCGGGAGCGGCGGAGCUUUCGAGGACGAGCGGUCUCCCAACCGGGCGGAAUCAGCGUGUCGCGAAAGCUUCACGCGCGGCAGACUCUCUCUCGAUACGUUGACCCCUGAGGAACUCAGGACGCCGCGUGCCUCGGUGCCUCUUGGCGGGCUGCCGGCGCCCUCUGCGCUGCGGGAGCGAGCGCGGCUAGGAGAGCAGGAAAACGAGCUCGACGUGAUUCUACAUCAAAGCGCCGCUGCGGCUGCUUCGCGCUUUCUCGCUCAGCCAUCGCAAAGCCCCGCUAUGGAGACUCCAACGAGCGCCGCGGCGGAGGAUCGAGCUGAGGCGCGACAUGCGCCGCCGCUGUUUUGCUCCGAGGAGACGCACACGAUGGAGCCUCUGUCGAGCGGCGAGGAGGAGGGAGCACGCGUACACGGAGAACGCGUCUGCACCAGUAGAGAAGUCUCCGAAGCUCGAAACAUGCUUGCGGGCAAGGCUCCGUCCGCGCCUCCGGGGAGGAACAGCGACGCAGAGGGGAAGGGCCUAGGAGACGAAGUGCUCGGGCAGGAGGCGGAAGAUCACGAGGGGCUGGCGCCGGCUUCUCACCCGGCAUCCCGAGGCUCCCCGCCCUCGCCCUUCUCUGUCUGUCCCCUGUCUCCGACUGCGUCGCCGCCGGAGGGCGAGGGGCCUCCGCCCCCGCCUGCACUCGCACUCGCGGCCCAGGAGCGUGAGGCGGCGGCGAUUCCGCAGCUGCAGCCGUCGCGAGCGCCCGCGGGGGUGCAGGACACCUGCGACCUGUGGCAUCCUCGGAGACACUACGACUUGCUUUGUCGCAUUCUCUUCAUCUACGCGAAAGUCAACCCUGGAAUUCGAUACGUACAGGGCAUGAACGAGCUCCUCGCCCCGGUCUACUAUGUCAUCUUGUCAGAUCCUCUCUGCACAGACCCCCUGCAGGCGGAGGCCGAGGUCUUCUUCUGCUUCACAGAGUUGAUGCAAGAGCAGCGCGACGCGUUCUGCAAGGCUCUCGACCCCACAGACAAUGGCGUCAGCGGCAGGAUCGCCCGGCUGAGUGCGCUCCUGAAACUGAAGGACAAGCCUGUGUGGGACCACCUUGACCAACUCGGCGUGGAUCCACAGUUCUACGCGCUUCGCUGGCUGCUGCUGAUGCUGACACAAGAGUUCCAGAUGCCCGAUGUCAUUGUUCUGUGGGACGCCUUCAUCGCCGACGCUGGAUGGCCGCUGCCGCUCCUCUACUACGUCUGCGUUGCGAUGAUUCACUGGCUGAGGCCGGCGCUCCUUGCGGCGGACUUCACGGCCUGUAUGAAACUGCUGCAGCACUUGCCCUCCUUCGACCCUCAAGUCCUCCUUGGCGCUGCGAAUCACCUUCGAGCGGAAGACAUCGUAGCUGGCGGAGUUUCAGUCUCCGCGAACGACGCGGUUCCGCCGGCUAACGGCCAUCCGGCCCGCGCGAACGAUUUGGAGCGCCUCGAUCCUCUGCGUGCGCGCAACAACGCGUCGGCGUUCCCUCUGCCUUCCUCUUCGCCUGCUCAAUUAGCGCCUCUCUUUGGCAGGCGAAAACUCCAUUUCUCGUCUUCCUCGUCUCUCGAGUCUGUGGCGAAGAGCUUUUCUUCCCCUUCUUGUCCUCUGUCGCGCGGUCUCAGUGGCGCGCAGGGCAGUGGAGCCCACGCUGGCGCGGAGGAGGCGGUAGAGGCCAGCGACCGCGGUCGGUACGGGCUCGUCUGCACUGUCUCCGGGGCGAGGAGACAGGAAGGCGGCAGCGAUCCCGACUGCGACGGAGACAGGGCCGGCACCGAGGAAGGCCUGUCUAGCUCAUCCUUCCCAGGGGCGCCCCUCUCGCAAGUCACGCGAGAAAACGACGAAACCAAGACGCCGGGAAGGCCUUUCGAUGCGCGUUGCAAUCCGCUUCAGCCCCUGCGGCUGCCCUUGUCAACGCGCGAGGAAAGGGGGCAGACCCAGCAGAGACACGCGUUCGAUUUUCACGGGCCUGAGGGGGGGAAAGCAUGUGAGCGCACGACAGCACAGGGGCCCCCUCUGGGUGAAGACGAGAAGGAGAAGAGGAAGAAGGAAAGAGAAGAGGAGAGGAGGCGCAAAGAGGCACAGAGACGGCUGGAGGUCAUCAGCAGCCUGCCGGCCGCGUUCUUGACAAGCGGAAGCGAAUGCCGAGAGUGCGAGCGCAAAGAGCCUCCCGUCGGCGUCGCCAGCUUGUCUCCUCGAGAGCGAGAGGCACGCGACGCUAAGCAAAGAGAAGAUCGAUCUGGGCCGACGUCCUUUUUUCCUUGGAGGGGCGGAAGACGAAGCGCAGGUGACUCCGCCGACCGCGACAAUGAGGGAAGUCCGUUCGCAAGCCUCGGCGAGAAAUUGGGCGAGCUGCGGUCGCUGGGCGUCAAGAACUUGGUCGCCGACACGGCGCGUGCGUUGUGGGCCGCGGGAACAGGAAACAGCGACAGCUCUGGCAAAGGGGAGAGAGACAGAGGGACGGGGGAAUGA